CCCCGCAGCAACGUCUGUGUGUUGUUACACAGUAAAGUGAAGUAGAUGCGGUUGUCUGGUGUGUCAGCCCAAGGUUCUUUCCAGCGGUUUAGAGUGACUUUCCCAUGGUCCAUGAUAAUUACAUAGGAACCUGUUACUGACAGCACCAUGUCAAGGCUUGCAAGAACAGGGUGAAAACGGGGACAUUUCUUCCCGUUCAGCGCAUCCACUGGGAAGUGAAGCUGAAGCUACAGUAUGUGUGCGAUGACGAAGGGACGCUACCUCUCCCUGGGCUUCGUGUUCCUUGUUUAUUGCACAACGUGCACGAGAUCUAAAGGAGCCACAGGUGACAUCCUGCCAGACUCCCUACCAUCAGUCCCAGGUACCCUGCCUCACUUCAUGAAGGAGCCAGAAGAUGCCUACAUUAUCAAGAGCAACCCAAUCAAGCUGCUCUGUCGGGCUGUGCCCGCACUGCAGAUCUUCUUCAAGUGUAAUGGAGAAUGGGUGCACCAGAAUGAACAUGUGUCCCGGGAGUACAUGGAUCAGAACACUGGGCUGAAGGUGCGUGAGGUGUUGAUCAACGUGUCCCGUCAACAGGUGGAGGACUUCCACGGCCCAGAGGACUACUGGUGUCUAUGUGUGGCCUGGAGCCACCUAGGCACCUCCAAGAGCCGCAAGGCCACGGUCCACAUCGCAUACCUGAGGAAGAACUUUGAGCAGGACCCCCAGGGGAAGGAAGUUCCAAUCAAAGGGAUGAUCGUGCUGCACUGCCGCCCCCCAGAGGGAGUGCCAGCAGCAGAGGUGGAGUGGCUGAAGAACGAGGAGCUGGUGAGCUCCAUGACGGAUGACAACAUUGACACCCGAGCUGACCACAAUCUCAUCAUCAACGAGGCACGACUGUCCGAUUCAGGAAACUACACGUGCCUGGCCAGCAACAUCGUGGCCAAAAGACGCAGUUCCACAGCCACUGUGGUUGUUUUCGUGAAUGGUGGAUGGUCACUGUGGACAGAGUGGUCUCCCUGUAACGUUCCCUGUGGUCGAGGUGUCCAGAAACGCUCCCGUACCUGUACCAACCCUGCCCCGCUUAAUGGAGGGGCUUUCUGCCAGGGCAUGUCUGUGCAGAAGAUCACCUGUAAUGCCCUCUGUCCAAUUGACGGUGGCUGGGAGGAGUGGAGCGCUUGGACGCUGUGCAGUGUGCAGUGUGAGCGACAGCGUAGGAGGGAGUGCAAUGAUCCACCACCCAGACACAGGGGCAAGAUGUGUGAUGGGCCCAGCGACUCCACAGAGAACUGCACUGGAGGAAUGUGUUCCCAGAAUGGAAAGCUGCUGCAUGAUGUUAAACCUCAAAGUAUGGAUGCCUCCAACGACGUGGCUCUUUACUCUGGGCUGGGGGCGGGGAUCAUAGCUGUGACUGUCCUUGUGGUGGCUGUCAUGCUGUACCGGAAAAACCAGAGCGACUACGGCGUUGAUGUCAUCGAUUCGUCCGCGCUUACCGGGGGCUUCCAGUCUUUCAACUUCAAGACCACCAGACAAGGGAAUCCACUGCUUCUCAACUCCUCUCUGCAGCCAGACCUGACAGUGGGUGGGACCUAUAGCAGCCCCAUCUGCUUCCAGGACUCCAUAGACAACAAAGAGCUCUUUGACCCCCUGCCAGACAUCAAGGUCAAAGUUCAGAGCUCCUUUAUGGUUUCACUAGGUGUGGCCGACUGCGCUGAGUACCACGCUUCCAAAGGCCAUCCGCCCGAGACCUUCCCCAGGGGGCUGAACCGAGACUACAGCAACAGCACUGUGGAGAGACGGUGCACCAAGAAGGGCCUGCUCACCUCCAACAGCCCCCACCUCAACCCCACCAAAGAUCAGCUGGGAACCACGGGCGUGUUUGGGCAUCUGGGCGGCCGGUUGGUGGUGCCAAAUACUGGAGUCAGCCUGCUGGUACCCCAUGGGGCGAUCGCUGAGGACCCAACCUCUGAGAUGUUCAUGGUCAUAAAUCAGGGAGAGUCCAGUGUCCAGACAGAGGAAGGCUUUGAGAUCCUGUUAGGACCAGAGGUCACCUAUGGCCCCCCAGGCAUAGAUCUCUCCAGGCCCGUUGCUAUGACGAUAGCUCACUGUGCUGAGGUGGAUGCUGACAACUGGAACGUCCAACUGAAGAGGAAAACACUAGACAACAAAUGGGAGGAAGUGAUGUCAGUGGAGGAUGAGUCAACAUCUUGUUACUGCCUGAUGGACUCCAGUAGCUGCCACCUGCUCCUGGACAAGCCGGGCUCCUAUGCCCUUGUUGGUGAACCACUCACCCAGGCAGCUGUGAAGAGGCUGAAGCUAGCAGUGUUUGGCAGCAUAGGGCCCAACCCCAUGGACUACAGCCUCCGAGUCUACUGUGUGGACGACACGCCACACGCCUUUCAGGGAGUGGUGGCCACAGAGACCUGUAGAGGAGGACAGCUCCUUGAGGAACCCAAGAUUCUGCCUUUCAGAGGGAACACCUUCAGCCUCCAGGUCUCCAUCCAGGAUGUCCCACAGUUUCUAUGGAACAUUAAACCCUUCACCACGUGUCAGGAAUUUUCCUUUUCCCAAGUGUGGUGCAGCAACCAGCAGCCCCUGCACUGUGCCUUCUCCCUGGAGAGAUACAGCCCCACCACCACCCAGUUCUCCUGCAAGAUUAGCGUGAAGCAGGUCAAAGGUCACGAGCAGAUUCUGCAGGUCUAUACAUCCGUGGCAGAGAGCAAGAAGGAGUCAGUCCUGUUUUUUAUGCAGACAGACUGCACCGUCACCUCACAGACGGGACCCAAGGCCUUCAAAAUCCCCCUUUCCAUCCACCAGAGGAUCUGUGCCACCUUUGACACUGCCAACACUAAGGGAAAGGACUGGCAGAUCUUAGCCCAGAAACUCCAUCUAGAUAGGAACCUGUUGUAUUUUGCUAAGCAACAGAGCCCCUCUGCCGUCAUACUGAGCCUGUGGGAGGCACGACACCAAGACACUGGUGACCUUGACUCUCUGGCAAGUGCUCUGGAGGAAAUUGGCAAGAUCCAGUCCAAAAGCACUGUAGCAAAGAGCCAUGAGGAACCUGAAUCAGACUCGGUACAUCAUUUUGGAACAGGAAGCCCAGACAACCCAGUGUGUGGAAUGGGUGAACUCACCAAUCAUGAGACGGCUAACUCAGUCCCUGAGUAUACUAGCUGACUUGUCUCCUCCGAUAUAGAUCCCAACAAGCCCAGUGUAAUGCAUAUCCCUAUAUGCACAUAACGACUGACAGCUGACUCGGUCGUGGAUUAAAAGGUCCAUAGGAAGUCAGUGUGCGAAUGGAGUUUGUUGUUCACAGAGCAAAAAAACAUGACAGGCAAAAAUUACCACUGAGAAAAAAAAAAUCUGUCAUUGCUGUGUGUACUGUAACUUUAUCCAUCCCUUUCUGACGAUGUACUGUACAUCUGUUUUGUCUUUCACCAUUCUAUUCCCUCCCUUAUUUUCCUCCUAGUUAAUGCUAUUCUUAAGUCAGGCUGACCAUUUGAGUUUGUUUUCUUAUUCUGUUGUUCAGGAUAUAGGGGACCCUCUACACUGUUAGGACCCACCAAUGCUCUUCAAAAAGUGAAAAUGCUUGUCACCGUCCCCAGGGUUUGUUUGAUACUGCCCUCAUGUGCAUCUGCAUUUACAGUGAGUGCGUCCCAAAUGGCACCCUAUACCCAUCUAGUGCAUUACAUUUGACCAGGGCCGUAUAGAACCUAGUGAAAAGUAGUGCACUAAAUGGGGAAUAGGGUUCUUCCAUUUGGGAAGUAUCCCAUAUCACACCUAUACCGUAAGACCGCUGUAUGGUAUUCAUUUCUAUUUGAACAUUUGGUCAUCAAUUCCAAAUAAUGUCUCAAAUGGGAGAAACCACUCUGAAACAGGUAUAAACAGUACAGAGUUUAAUAAAAUGCAUUUUAUUGUAAUGUUCAGAUAUUUUUGUUCUGUAUCAGCGUAACAUUGUAAAAGAGAUCCUGGCGGUACAGUGGUGGGUUGUGAGGACAAUGUACUGUUAACAUGAUUCAGGCUGGAUCCUUUAUCUUUAAAGGAAAACCCCUGACAAUGAUGGAAAUGUCUUUGUCAGGCCACAGUACUGCAGUGUGUGUUUGUGUGCAUGCAUGCGUGUGACAGUUGUGGUUUGGCCACCCUGGAGGAGAAAGAGAAAGCUGGAGGAGCUGUAUGAUGUCAUUUCCUGGCACUAUGCCAUGUGUAUCUCUGAAUCUUAUCACCCACUUUUAAUCAUUAUUAACACCUAAGCAAGCUGCUGAUCUACCCAACACACACAAGGCCCGCAACAGAGGCAUAGCACUUCACAACUACACAGGACAUGAAUGUGGAUUAGGGUUUGGCUCAAUUCCAAUUUAAUUUGAAAAAUACCAUUCAAUUAUUGAAUUCACUCAUGAAGUGGAGAAUUUACAUUGAAUUAAAUUUUAAUUUAAACAUUUUUAAAGUUACAGAAUUGAAUUUGAAUUAGA